GCCCUGAACGCCUCGUGGCGUUGAUUGACAGGCGCAGGUGUCGCGUGGUUGUUGUAGGCGGGACUUCCGGUCCCUGAACAUGGCGGCGGCCGACCCGGAUCAACACGUCUGAAGGUGUGCACAAUGUCCAAGGAGCAGGUGCAGAGUGUCAGCGAGCUCCUGCUCUCAUUGGACAGUUCAGACCUGCAGGAGGCGGAGCAAGUCCGAGUGGCCAUCGUCCAUCAGUUGAAUUCAGACAGAGGGGGCGCCGUCCUGUGCAGCCUGGUGGACGUGUACUUGAGCUCCUCGUCUUGUCAAGCCGUGCAGCUGCUGUCCUCCGUCAGGGAACAUCUUCACAAGCCACUGCUGGACAAACUCAAUGAAGUUGUUUCCAGGCCAGCGAGCAGAUUGGCGGCGGUCACCCUGCUGGGUCACAUGAUCAGCCAGCAGCCGCCUUGGGUUCAUCACGUCAGUCGCUCGCCGCUGCUGACGUCCCUGCUGCGCUGCCUCAAGAGUGACAGCGAGGUGCUGGUGGUGGUCCCCGGAGUCCUGGUGCUGGUCACACUACUACCCAUGAUCCCUCAGGCCGCCAAGCAACACAUCUACGACUUCUUUGACGUCUUUGGACGCUUGGCUUCCUGGAGCCUCAAGAACCCUGGCCACGCCCAUUUCAGCCACCUUGUCCACCUGCACGCUGGCGUCUACCUGCUGUUCCACCGACUGUAUGGAAUGUUCCCCUGCAACUUCAUCUCCUACCUGAGACUCCACUACAGCAUGAAGGAAAACCUGGACACCUUCCACCAGGUGGUCAAGCCCAUGUUGGAGCAGGUCAGAGUUCAUCCGGAGUUGGUCAGCGGGACCCAAGACUUGGAACUGGAGCCGUCCAGGUGGAGGCGCUAUGAGGUCCACGACAUCCUCAUGGAGUGUUCCCGUGUGUCUCUAGACCCCCUGGAGUCCUCUUGUGACUCCUCCCCCCUCACUCACCUGGACAUCACUCACAGCCACAUCGGAAGUCCAGUCAGCGUGUCCUCACCAGACCACCUGCAGGUGUGCACACCUGUCCACUCGAUGCGUCUCAACGUCCUGGCUGAUGAUGUCACCUGGAGCCCCUCUUCGGAGUGUGGCUUGUCCACGCCCCCUCCUGAGACGGUCACUGUAAGCCCCGCCCACCCCUGGAGUCGCGCCGACUCAGUGUCAGGUACCAAAAAUCCCUCGCCAGCCGCGGCCCGGUCAACAAAUGAGACUCAAGAUGGCGGCCGCGCCCCCGAGGACAAGCAGGUCAAGCAGCAUCCAAUCAGGAAGGGGGAGGAUUCCGACCGCAAUGAUGUCACCAGUGAAGACAGGCCACGCCUACCUUCCUCCUCCCUGCCCGCCCUCCUCACCUCCACACCCGCCCCUCCCGCCUCAGACAUCCCUCCUCCACCCUGCUCUGUCUCGCUGUGCCUCACCCCGCCUCACCCCUCCAACGCCACCCUCAGCCUGGAGGAGGGAGGCCCCGCCCCCUCCUACGACUUCCUGUUUGAGCUCGCACUUCCCCGAGCCGCCAUGUUGUUUCUGAAGAGGAAGGCGCAGGAGGCGCAGGAGAAGACGGCACAGGUGGCGCAGACCUCCGCUUCUCCUCUCGACUUGUUGGACCAGCUCAUCGCCCAUGGCCACCACACACACGCUAGCAUUAGCAACAGGUUUCCUGCGUGCAGCAAGUGGUUGGAUGGCAGUCACUGUGGAGUCUCUGAUCCAGGGGAGGAGCUUCAGGCCGCCAGGGGUCAGUUGCUGCUGGUCCACACCCAGCUGCAGUACGAGCGUUUCAAGCGUCAGCAGCACGCCAUCAGGAACCGCCGCCUACUCCGCAGAGUCAUCAGCGCCGCCGCGCUGGAGGAGCAAAGUGUCGCCAUGCAAGCGCAGCUGGCCAUCCAGGACCAGGAGAUCCGAUCUCUGAAGUCCAGUCUGGACGAGGAGCAGCGGCGCUACGCUGGACUCCGGCAGGACGCGCUGGGCCAACAGCUGCGCACGCACGUGCAACAUCUGGAGCAGCAGCAGAAGGAACAAGAAGAAGAACACCUGAAACUGCGUAGCCAGCUGCAGGAGUGUCAGAGCAGACUCAGGGAUUUGGAGGAGGAGCUUCAGAGAGCCAAUCACAAGGCUUGCAAUGCAGAGCACCGGCUGAGCCAGCUGUCACUCAAGCUCAGCGGCAGUGACAAGUUACACCAGCAGAUGUUCUUGCAGAACCAACAGCUGCUUCUGCUCCGAGAAACCAACAAGACUCUGACGGAGCAGCUGGAGGUUCCGCAUCAACGCAGCUUCACUGAGACAUCACUGCUGCAAGGCAUUCUGGGUAGAGAAUACCAGAGUCUGAAGGAGGCGGAGCUUCAGCAGCGACAGAAGUUGGAGGCGGCCAAUCACAGAGCCACAGAUCUAGAGAACCAGCUGGCCAAGAAGGAGCAGCUCAUCGCCGAUCAGAAGAAACUCCUGGAUGACACCAAGAGGCGGAGCAGGGAGGAGCUGCUGGCGUGCGAGGGUCGCGGUGGCGCUCUGAGGAGGAUCGUGCAGACGCUGCAGAGCGAGAUGCUGGAGUUGUACAGUCACCUGGACGCUCUCAGCAGGCCAGACCACGGCACGCCCGCUACUCAGGACGACCACAAGCCACGCCCUUCCUCCAGUGUGGAGGUUGUGAACGGCGUGGUGACACACCUGGCUGCGUCGCCUAGGCUCCUCCCCCCUGUGUCCACCUCCCCCUGCUCCCUGUCCCCCAUGGAGUCACCGCUGGCUGUGGGUUCCUUCCUGGAGCAGAGGGCGUGGCAGUGCUUCAGACCGCCCCCUCCCAGCCAGGAGGAGGAGGAGGAGGCGGAGCAGGAGGUAGAGGAGCUCCAAUCAGGAAGUCCGCUCUUGGGUCAGGAGGCGGAGGCCAUCCUCCUGGCAGGAAGUCCCCCGACGCAGGACAGCGUGUUGUCGCCGCAUGGAAGUGAAGCUCCGCCUCCCAGCGAGGGCGCAGACUUGUCGCUCGCCGUCCGCCAGAGACGACGUGAGCUGAGCAUCAUGGACUACGACGAGAUGGCGCCGGAGUUGUGACUUCCUGUCUGCAAGUGUCAAAUAAACUUUUAUUUUGCUGCA